GUCAAUACGAAUGUAACGGCAGGAUUUCCCAAUCCCACAACGUUUCCAAUCGCUACAGCAACCUUUGGCUUGAAGGAUGGCACACAGAUACAGCUCACUGAGGAGGAAAUGGGAGUAGUGCUUCAAUAUGGGAAAACGAAAGGACAGGACAACCUUCUUGAGCUCCUUUACAAGAUGCAGUGUGAGGAGCAUCGCCCUCCUACAGUGGCUCUGGAGGCAGGGCCGAGCAAGAUGAGCAUCUUAAUGUCUCCUGGAGCACAGAUGGCACUCGCAUCGUUUGCAUUGAUGUGUGUCAACGCUACUGAUGGCAUUCCCACUAUCUUCAGUAUACCAACCUUUGCUACCAUGUCCGCACCUUUGGUUGAUCGUGUCCACAGGGGAUUGUGUGUGGACGUGGAUGGUGAGGGGACCAUUCCAGAAUCACUGCGUAAUGUUCUGUCAAAAUGGACGCCUGAUGAUGCCAAGAAUCCCAAGUCUGGCAUCCCGCGCAUACUAUGGCUUAACCCAUCAUGUAGCAAUCCAGCUGGUGUCACCACGUCUGCACAGAGACGCAAAGAGAUCUAUUCCAUUGCCCAUGAGUACAAUCUUCUUAUUGUGGAGGAUGACCCUUACUAUUACCUGCAAGAAAACCAGCCCCGGAUUCCAAGUUACCUAUCCCUGGAUGUUGACGGCAGAGUGCUGAGAUUUGAUUCCUUCUCAAAGAUCGUCGGUCCUGGAUUGAGAUGUGCAUUUGUGACUGGGCCUGAGGCAAUUGUCAAGAAGAUGGAGUAUGCCUAUAUGCAGAGCUCUCAACAUGUCUGUGGACUGUCACAGAUAAUCAUUUACAAACUCCUCAAGAAGUGGGGGUCGACCGGUUUCGAAGCUCACAUUCAAAGAGUGGUUGCAUUUAACCGAGAGAGAAGACACUGUGCUCUAGCAAUGGCUGACAAAUGGUUGAAAGGACUUGCAGAGUGGAGUGUACCCACAGGCGGCAUGUAUGUCUACUUAAAAGUUUACGGAACCGGACUAAAGUCAGAAGAGCUCAAUGAGAGGCUCAUGGAAGCACACAAAGUUGCCGUGGUUCCUGCCUCAGGGUUCUAUCCCAGAGGUGCAAAGUUGACGGAUGUGGCUGUCUUACGCAUUUCCACCUCAAUGGCAGAUGCUGAAGUGAUGGAGAAGGUUAUGAAGGGCCUUUCCCAGGUGAUUCAAGAGGCAAAGACAGCUUACUCUAAGCAGAAAACAGACCGGGCCGACAUUGUCAGUUCAGAAAAUUGUAUGUAAAUUACUCUCCGUCUGAUGUCCA